GCGUCACAGGCUUGGAUAGCCGGACUGCCCGCACAACAUCACUGAUGACGCUGUUAUUGUCGCACCCAAGCUUUUGUCAUGCAUAUAAAACAAGCAUUUGGCGCUCCUUCAGCUGGAUCUAUCAUCAGUACAGCCUCAAAUUCAAGUUAAUCUCCAUCAUUCCACCAUGUCUCAACACAGCAAGGCAUGCUGCACUAUUGCUCCAAAGGCUUCUCCAGAGUACGAGAGCAAGGGCGAAUUCGUUGGAUACGAUGGCUUCAAAACAUACAAAACAGGACCUUCGACAGCCAAAAAGGCCAUUCUGGUCGUCUACGACAUCUUCGGCUUCAGCCCUCAAUCCUUGCAAGGCAGUGAUUUGCUCGCCUACGGCAACGACAAAGAGCAGUACCAAGUCUUCGUUCCUGACUUUCUGCUUGGCCAAUAUGCAGACCACACCUGGUUCCCCCCAGACACUGCCGAGAAGGGCCAGGCCAUGGGUGCUUUCUUCCAGGGUCCUGCAAACCCUGUGACUACUGUCCAGAAGAUACCAGGUCUGGUGAAAACUAUCAGUGAGAGCAGUUCGGGUUCAAUUGAAUCUUGGGCGAUAUUGGGCAAAUGCUGGGGUGGCAAGAUUGUGUCGUUCUCUUGCGGUGACGACACGCCUUUCAAGGCUGCUGCUGAAGUUCACCCUUCAAUGAUCGAUCCCAACGACGCUCCUGGUAUCAAGAUCCCCAUUGCAAUCCUGGCAUCGGGCGACGAGAAUGCAGAUGAUGUGAAGAACUUUGUCGAUGCUCUCAAGGUGCCUCACUAUUCGGAGACGUUCGCCGACCAGGUCCAUGGUUGGAUGGCUGCCCGCGGCGACCUUGUGAACGAGCGUUCAAGAGAGGAAUAUGAGCGUGGAUACGCCACCCUGCUCAAGUUCUUCGCCGAGCAUUUCUGAGCGGGCAAGACGAGCCCACAUCCUCAGUGCCGGUGACGGCACAUCUCAAUGCCGGUGGAGAAUGCGGGUACCUUGACCGGCCAGGAGAUGAUUUUGGUAGACCCGGCCGCCCUGCAUAUAGGCAGAUAUACAUCACGUGAAGAUAGCAUCACUAAAUCCUAAGACUGGCAGAAUAUAUAAGACAUCAUAUUGCCCCG